AUGCCUGUCAUCCAUACAAAUCAAUCCCUGUCCCGCGGGUGCGGAAGAGCCCCAACCCUAACGACCGGCUACCACAAGAUGCUCGUGAACGGCGAGAUACGAAGGUUCCACACCCUGCUGCCCGACAACUACGACUUCAACACCCCCUACCGGAUGAUAUUCGGCUUCCACUUCCUGAACUCGGACAUGGAAGAGGUCGUGACCGGCAGCUGGGUCGAGACCGGCACAUACGCAUACUACGGGCUGCACCGACUCGCCAACAACAGCGCCAUAUUCGUCGCCCCGAACGGCCUAGUGCGCGGGUGGCCCAAUAUCAAUGGCAAAGACAUCGAGUUCGUGGCUGCACUGACGGAGGCGCUGGAGGCAGAUUUGUGUGUGAAUACGAGCCUGGUGUUCGCCACGGGAUGGAGCUAUGGUGCCGGGAUGACUUUUUCGGUGGGCUGUUCGUUGGCAGAUAGGUUUAGGGCGGGGGUUGGAAUAGGCGGGGCGGUGGUCAGUGGGUGUGAAGGGGGAAAGGAGCCGUUUGCGUAUAUGGGGGUGCAUGGAAUCAAUGACACGUUUUUGAUUAUAGAAGGAGGGCGGAAGAUGAGAGAUAGGUGGGUGGCGGUUAAUGGGUGCCAGGUUCCGUUGAUUGUCCCGGAACCAAAGCCUGGGAGUCUCACCCAUAUCAAGACGGAGUAUCCUGGCUGCCAGGAUCAUCCGGUCUGGUGGAUUGCGUUUGAUGGGAAUCAUACGGCGGCGCCGUAUGACGGUGGCAUUGGGGACAGCGCGACGAAGUCAUUUGUUCCUCCGGAGACGUGGAGCUUUUUCACUCAAUUUGGUUGA